AUGCAGGCGACAGCCGAGGCAUUGGGUAAUCAGAUAAACCAGGGUAAUCAUGGGAACAAUAAUGAUGAGGACGGUCCUAUGACACUUGCUACAUUUCUGAAAGUUCGCCCUCCGACCUUUAGGGGAACCUCAAAUCCCACUGAUGCAGAUAAUUGGAUUCAGGCUAUGAAAAGGACGUUGCAAGCCCAACAGGUUCCUGAAGAGCAAUGGGUUGAAUUUGGAACUUAUCAGCUGCAAGGUGAGGCUCAGUAUUGGUGGCAGGGAACACGAUGUAUCCUACAUCCUGAUGGUGCUGCAAUUCCUUGGGAGUUAAAAAAGGGACAGAUGACUGUUGCUGAGUAUACUAGUAAGUUUGAGAAGUUGUGUCGCUUUUCUCGUAUCUGUCAAGGGGCACCAGAAGAUUUUGGCGAAUGGCAAUGUAUUAAAUAUGAGGGAGGUCUUCGGAGUGAUAUUCUGAGCUUCGUUGCCCCAAUGGAGAUCAGGGUGUUUUCUAAAUUGGUGAAUAAGAGUAGGGUGGCUGAGGAUUGUGUGAGGAAGGCGGCAGCAGAGAAAGGGAGUUUGAGGGUGCCUUUUCAGAGGCCUUCAGGGAGGAACUUUGCUCCGAGAGGUAGGAAUUUCAAGCGUGGAGGCUUUGUUCCGCAGCAGACUCAAGGUCAAGGUAAUUACAGAAGGCCGAAUAUUACUGCUAAUUAA